AUGGAUACCACAGGAAACUCAAAGCAACUACAAACCUUUGAUAAUAAAGAACAGCACACUUUCCAUUAUCUUCUUUUCACCCCAAAAGCCAACACUGAUAUUCACAAUUCUGAUGUCCCUCUGCAUGGUGAGCAUUCUGUUGAGAACUACUUGGACUCCAACUCGUGGAGCGAGGUAGAUGGUUAUGUAUCUGAUGAUGAAACAGGUUUUGAUGAGCUUCUGAAUGAUGGAAAAACAAUGAACAAAAUAGAAGUGUUGGCUGCAAUGAUUGGUGUUGAUACUAAGGAACCAGCGGCUGUGUUGACUGAGGUAGUGAGAGUUCUCAAUCUCUUAAAAGAGAGUAUAUUAUUAUCACAUUAUUGUUGA